ACAUCCACGGUUACAUUAUUUUUCCUGUCUAAUGUAUACGCAAUACAGACACUUAUUCUGCUGGGCAUAAACCGCUCACCAAACUGUUCAUGGGUUUCUUACAACUUUCUCUGCAUCAUCUGGUAUUGGCCACAGUCACUGACAGGAUACUGGACUUUGUGGGCCAUUGGUCAUAUGCAGUAUAACAAUUCUGUAUUAAAGCAGAGGAUUGCAGCCACUCAAAUGAAGAUGGAGCAUUGCUUGUAUCAAGUUAGCCAAAUAUAUCUUCAGCUAGAUAAAGUAAUGAGUGAAAGUGAGGAUGACUGGCUCUCUCUUAUGCCCACUGAACCCUUGCAAUCUCAGUGCUGUGGCAGUGGCUGCAAACCGUGUGUCUAUGAUGUGUAUCAGAAGGAGCUAGCCCAGUGGGAAGAAGCCAAAGCAAAGAAAGACAGAAGCCUCCUGACCAAACAGAAGGAGGAGAGUAGUAAUUCAGAAUUAAAUCCAGAUACAUUUACUGCUUUCAAGAUAAGCUCUGUGGAACAGCUAACAGAGGACACCUACCAGUAUAAAUUUGAGCUGCCAGGAAAUAGCAGCCUGGGAUUGAGUUUAGGACAACAUAUUGUGUUAAGAGGGAUGGUGAAUGGUUUGGAGGUUCAGAGAGCUUAUACUCCAGUUAGCCCUGUAAACGCUGAAGGAUACUUUGAAGUUUUAAUAAAAUGCUACAAGGCUGGGCUAAUGUCACAAUAUAUAAAAUCCUGGAUUGAAGGAGACACAGUCUUUUGGCGAGGGCCAUUUGGAGGCUUCCCAUAUAGCCCUAAUCAGUAUGGAGAACUUCUUAUGCUUGCCUCUGGAACUGGCACAGCACCAAUGCUCCCCAUUCUCCAGUACAUAACAGAAAAUGAAGAUGAUGAAACCUUUAUAACCCUGGUUGGUUGCUUCCGGACUUUUGAAAAUAUUUACUUGAAACCUCUUCUCCAAGAUCAGUCUCGAUACUGGAACGUCAGAACAUGUUACGUCCUUAGCCAGGAAUCUUCCCUGGAAAAACUUCCUUGGAGCUAUCAAGAAAACACACACACUGGCCAUAUAACUGAGAACUUGAUUAAGAAAAUGAUAAAUUCCUGUAGAAGAAAGCCAUUUGUGCUGAUUUGUGGCUCGGUAGCAUUUAAUGAAGAUAUGACUAGAUGUCUGAAAGCCAUCGGACUCAAAGAGGAUUCCUAUUUUGUAUUUUAG